AGGUAAAAAGAUUUUUAAAGAAACACAUUCGAACUGAUUUUGUUAUGUACAAAACGUUUUUUCGCGUUUCGAAUUAGGUUAGAACUGAAGCACAGUAGCAGGUGACAUUGCUGUCCACAAGCGUCGCCUGGUAGAAUGGAGUGGAAUUAAAUUAUUCUGACGUUAUACGUACGUAAAAAUUGUACAACUUAGGGCAAUGUAGGUUUCUUUUAGUUGUGCACAAGUAGUGGGGAGAAGCAUCUUAUUUGUUUUCGGCUUAUAGGCAUCGAAUAUAUAAACUUGAAAUUUUCAAAUCACCAGAUUCUCAAAUAUUAAAAAUAUUCAAAUUGAUAAUCUUCUAAGAUUCUCAAAUUUGAAAAUGUAUCACGAAAUAAUGAGACCUUCUCUCUUUACAACCCAAGGAAAAUGUACCAUGUUCGCCAAUGCACAUACAAUGUGUGUUAUACUACACUAUAGUCAAAGAUGCAACUUGACAUCAGCUGAUUUUGUAUACAUAUGUCUGCCAUACGUCAUGAUGCUGCUGUCUAACUUGCAGCAUGUAUCGAUUAUUAAAGAAUACAACGUAUCGAUUCUGCAGAAAUGGUGAACGAAAUCAAAAACAAGAUAAUAUUACAUUGGAACUGUCGAGGUCUGGUGGAAUUCCCUGAAGCUAUAAGGACCUAUGGAAGUCAUAUUCAGGAGAUAUAUUUAAAAUGGAAUAAACUUUCUGUGUUACCUCCAUGGAUUAUGGAACUCUUCAAUGUUACUAAUUUAUAUUUGUAUGGAAAUAUGAUCAAAGAAAUUCCUUCAGAACUUUGUCGAAUGAGUCAGUUGACAGUGCUUGAUUUAAGCGCUAAUGAAUUAAAUAGGAUACCUUCUUGUAUAGCAAGUUUAGUUAAUUUGAAAUCUCUGUUAUUAAAUGAAAAUUUUAUAGAUAAGUUACCAGCUGGUAAGUCAAAAAGUGUUAUGUUCACUAUUGCAUUCAAUGUGAUUCUCUAUAUUAUUUUUAUAGAAAUGAAUGAAAUGCAUAAUUUGGAAAUUUUAUCUAUUGCUGGAAACAAAUUUGUUGUAUUACCAGAGUGGAUAGGUUCCAUGCCCAAAUUAAAAGAGUUAAUUGCAGAUAAUAAUUAUUUGAGAGAACUACCUAAUAGACUUACUUUAUCACCACAGUUAUCAGUAAUUUCUGUAUGUUCCAACAGGCUUCGGUAUUUACCAUUAAAUGGCUUUUUAUCAUCACCGUGUAUUAGGUUUGAUGCAAAUGUGUAUUUAAAUUAUUUGUCUUAUCCACUUCUCUAUCAAUUAACUUCUCAAGCUCAAGACUCAUUCAUGUAUGAACAAAGAAAUAUUUUAGGAUAUGGAUGCUUUAAAACACAUUGUGAAAACAAUGUAUUACGUAGAAAUAUAAAAUUGAACAUAAAAAUAAAUGCAAUAAAUGGGAAGGAUUCUGAUUUUAUAAUUGAAUUACCACGUCAACUCUUAAAAGUUUACAAAACUUAUGAAAACACAGUUAUUUCCUUGUGGGAAUUGGCCUUGAGAAAAGUUUAUACUGGAAGGUAUAAACAUACACUUAACAUUUCUACAUCACCUAUAAAUGUAAAUAUUCAAUAUGAACCGAUUGAUAUAAAUAAUUGUUAUCAACCUGAUUUUACAAUGUAUUCUAUAAAUUAUGGUUUUCACAAUUUAUUAAUGAAUGGACCAACUAGUAUUUGCGUUAAUACUCUAUGUCAACAGCCAAUCUUUACAGAAGCUUGGAUUAUUGUUGGCAUAAGCUAUUGUACAGAGUCUAUAACAACCGUUGCAUUGUGUUGCUGUAAAAGAUGUGCAUCUGAAUUUUCUAAACAUUCCAAUAUGAUGAUCAGUCAUAACUGGCAUUGUAUAAAUUAAUAGUACCUUGUUCAGUAAAUAAUUGUGUAAAUAGGAAUAUAAAAAUAAAAGAGUUUAAUUUUUGCGAAUUAUAUUAAAUUUUAUGUUUCACAACAUCUUGAACGUAUCUUAGCAGCUAUUAAUAUAAAACGAUUUUGAAAAAUAGUCAUUUUACUGAAACAUCUAUUCUAAAAAUAAUAUAUU